AUGAAGAACGUGAAGACCAAGGCCACCAUAGGCCUGCUUUCAACUCUCAUAUCCUAUGUAUCGAUCAACAGCUAUAUGAGACAGACCCAUCCAGACCUUUUCGUCUGGAGGCCUGAGGACCGUGAAGAAGAUGAAUGGCGGGCUACCUCCAAGUACUGGUUGGACCGGAAGGCGUGCAGAUGGAUAGGGCUAUGCGGAGUCCCCCACCUGCGAUUUGUCCAGAAACGGUUCGGCCACCGUCCUAUGGUUGAAAACGAACAACAGUCAAUACAGACACCAGUAAUUGACUGGCGAAACGCAUGGACGGAAGGUAACGACCGUCCAGAAGACUGGACGGACGACGAGCGCGUACUGCGUGAGAUCCCAGACUACGUCAUGGAGUACGCUCCGCUGGUGCAUCUAUUCUCUGGCGAGCAAUUCUGGCCUGGCGAUAUUGCAGAACACCUGUCCCAUGUCACCCCGGAGCUAAAUUAUACGCCUAUAUCUGCAGAGUCUCACCAUCCUUCGUUAGAACAUCUGGAUAAGUUCAAUCAAUAUCGGAGAGGACGGUGGGUGUAUUUGACAAGCAACGACAAUGUUGAAGAGCGACCUGAAUGGUUGGAAGGUGAGAAGAACAUUCCUGUGAACCCACGGAGGCCAGACGAUGCAUUCGAAGGCAAUGAUGGUUGGAUACACCAUCCGGGCAAGACCUAUUUGCAAGGCGUCAAAGAUGCUUUCAAUGACCUCAAAGAUUGGUGGGCGCCUGGUGAGGAUGCCAUGGAUCAUGACGAGGACUUCCGAAAAUCAAGCUCUGGUCAAGGUUUCAAGAAGCAAGGAGGAUCUUUUCGCAAGCCGUUCAGGCAAGAGCUCAAACGGUCGCCUCUCGAGUCUCCCGGGAAGCAAUUGCGUGGCGGCCGCAGCGAUGCACCCGCCAUAUUACUUACUGUCAACAAGGGACAUGGUGUGGUGGACGCUUUCUGGUUCUUCUUUUACAGCUUCAAUCUCGGCAAUGUGGUUUUCAAUGUGCGCUUCGGCAACCAUGUUGGCGAUUGGGAGCAUACCGCGAUCCGCUUCCAUCACGGAAAGCCUAAAGCCGUGUUUUUCAGCGAGCACAAUUUCGGCUCCGCCUACAGCUACGAGGCAGUGGAAAAGAUUGGUAAACGACCUGUCAUAUACUCCGCGACCGGUACGCAUGCUAUGUACGCAACGCCCGGUCUACACCCCUACGUCCUCCCUUGGGGUAUAUUACACGACGAAACUGAUCGAGGGCCGCUAUGGGACCCGGCGCUCAACUCGCACGCAUACACCUAUGACUACAAGAACGACACCCUUCGCGCUUCCAACCUUACGCCUCAUGCGCCGACCGGAUGGUUUCACUACGCCGGUCGAUGGGGUGACAAGUUCUACCCUCUCGGGGACAAACGCCAAUAUCGUUUUGCGGGACAAUACCAUUAUGUGAACGGCCCUCUCGGUCCCAAAUUCAAAGACCUAGACAGGAAGAAGAUGUGCGCCGGUCCACCGGGGGGCCCAUGUGUCAUCAAGCAUUGGCUGGGAGGGACCGACAACGUACGCUUGGCUAGCGAUCUAGAUCCCGACGAAAAAGAUGGUAUGGGGCAGAGAUGA